GUGCCACCCCGGCUGUCCCCGUGUCCCCGCAGUGUCGCUGGACGCGGCGCGCGCCGCGCUGGGCGUGUCGCAGGACAGUCACCUGCUGCUGGCGCUGGCCGCGGUGGCCGUGUCCUGCCGGGUGGCCCUGCAGGCCCUGGCGACAUCGCGGCGACACCUGAGCGCCGCCGCGCGCGAGCACCGCGCCACGGCGCAGCGCCUGCGACAGCGCGCGCGCCGCGCGGCCACCGCCCGGGCCAGCAGCGGGGCCACCGCGGCCACCGGCGCGGCCAGCGCCGCUGUCCUGGCGCGGCUGGAGGAGGUGACGCAUCACCUGGGGACGCUGGUGGCCGCCGUCCGGCGCGACACGGCGGUGACGCCGUGGGGGACGUGGCAACAGGAAUUCCGCGAGACCCGGCGGGCGCUCGGCGACAUCGUGGUGGCCUUGGGGACACGGGAGGAGGGACACGAGGAGCUGGCGCGGCGGCUGGAGGGGGCGCUGGGGGCGCUGGGGGCGCGGGGACAGGGACAGGGACAGGGAGGGGACACGGGGGUGGCGCUGUGACGUGACCCCAGUGUGUCCCCAACAGGACCCCAAUGUCCCCAACUUGAUCCCAGUUUGUCCCCAGUGGGACCCCAGUGUGUCUCCAAUGUCCCCAACAGGAUCCCAAUGUCCCCAGUGUCCCCAACAUGAUCCCAGUUUGUCCCCAGUGGGACCCCAGUGUGUCUCCAAUGUCCCCAGCAGGACCCCAAUGUCCCCAGUGUGUCCCCAGUGUCCCCACUGCAGGUGGCGCUGGCGGGGCGGGGACAGGCACAGGGAGGGGACACGGGGGUGGCGCUGUCACCACCUUGGGGACACCGCCGUGGCCUCGCCUUGGGGACAGCGGGGCCACCCCGAGGUGCCCUGUGUCCCGCUUUGGGUCACCGCGGUGUCCCCAAGUGUCACCCGCCUGACACCCGUGUGUCCUCAACAGGACCCCAAAUGUCCCCAGCAAGACACCAAUGUGUCCCCAGUGACUCCAGUGUGUCCCCAACAGGACCCCAAAUUGACCCCAGUGUGUCCCCAACAGGACCCCAGUGUCCCCCCCAGUGUCCCCAUGUGACCCCAACAGGACAUCGGAGGGACAUCGAGGCCAUGUGGGGACACUCAGGGGACGUCGGGGGGACAGUUGGGGACAUCGGGGGCACAUUCGGGGACCCCGCGGUGGCUCCGCGGAGCGGGACGGUGACGUCACAUGGCCCCGCCCCCUUCCGGCACCGCCACGUUCCUGCGUGUCCCCCCCGAGUGUCCCGCGUGUCACCCCCCCUGGAGUAUCGCGUGUCCUCGAGUGUCCCCAGAGUGUCCCCGAGGUGUCGCCAUGGCCAUGGAGCUGCGAGAGCUGUCCCGGGCCCUGCUGGAGUCGCAGGUGGCCGUGGUGGCCGCCCUGGGCCGGCUGGUGGCCACGGUGGCCGGGCCGGAGGGGGACGUGCUGCUGGCCGUGUCCCCAGAGUCCCUGCACAAAGCCCUGGACGCCUUCAGGGACCACCUCUGGGACACCCUGGCCGCCUUCGGGGCCACCCCGGGCCCCAGCCGGGCUGACGUGGCCGGCGCGGCCGGCGAGUGGCACCGCUCGGUGGCCGCGGUGGCCGACAGGUGGACAGAACUGGCCACCGAGGCCGUCCGGCUGGGUGAAGCCUGCGGGGCCGCGGUCAUCAGCGAGAGAGAGGCGGCGGCCACCAGCUCCGGGCGGGCUGGAGACCUGGGGGACAUCGUGAGGGCGUGGGCGAGCAGCCUGCGCGAGCUGGUGGCCACCGCCCGCAGGGUGCCGGUGGUCACGGACAAGGAGGAGGAGAAGGCGGUACUGGAGAGGCACAAUACCAGGCUGGAGGAGGCCACCAAGGAGCUGAAGGGGGCUCUGAAGAGAGUGGAGGAAUCCACGGUGGCCAGAAGCAAGGCCAGGGCGGCCGCCAGGAGGGCCGAGCGGGCGGCGGCGGCGCUGGGGCCGCUGCAGGGCCUGGUGGUCGCGUGUGCCGAGGCCAUCGCCCUGCACCUGCGGCUGAGCCGCCGCGCCGGGGACACCGCGGCCGCCUUGGCCGAGGCCGAGCGGCUGCGGGAGGCCAGCGCCAGGCUGUUCACGCGUCACCUGCGGGGGACGCUUGGGGACAUCCUCAUGCUGCUCCCGAAUGGCCCUGGUGGCCCCGGUGGCCACGCGGUGGCCCAGCGGUGCCAAAAAGCCAUGGAGGACAUCCCCAGCCUGCUGCGGGGAGAGUGA